CGGCCCAAUCCUUCAUCUUCUAAAAGCGUGUAAAAGUGUAAAACAAAUGUUCGUGUUGCACAAGUCUCCGGUGUUCUUUCCGUCAAUCAUUCUCCGGAACCAUGUCUGCUGAAUCUGCUUCCUCAAUUUUCAGAAAUCAGGUCGAUUUGCUCGAUUUCAUCGACUGGACCGGAGUUGAAUGCCUCAAUCAGAACACUAGUCAUCCUAUGCCUAAUGCUCUCAAACAGGGUUAUAGAGAAGACGAGGGUCUAAAUCUGGAGAGUGAUGCAGAUGAGCAACUAUUGAUCUAUAUACCAUUCACUCAAGUUAUCAAACUGCAUUCUAUUGUCAUUAAAGGACCCGAGGAGGAAGGUCCUCAAACCGUUAAGCUUUAUACAAACAAGGAUCACAUGGGAUUUAGUAACGUUAGCGACUACCCUCCUAGUGAUACACUUACUUUAUCCCCUGAGAAUCUCCAGGGAAAGCCGGUUGUGUUGAAGUAUGUUAAGUUUCAAAACGUCCGCAGCUUGACGAUAUUCAUCGAGGACAAUCAAUCUGGCUCUGAUAUCACAAAAGUCCAAAAGAUUAUUCUGCAAGGAACCACAGUCGAAACGACAGAUAUGAAGGGCUUGAAGAAGAUCGAAGAGCAUUGAUGAAGCGGGUUAUUCGAACUGGUUUACUGUCCUGACUCUUUUGCUUUAAUGGCAUGUAAUGCAAGUCAUAGAUUUGGGUCUACCAUUACAAACAUGUGUAUAAUAAGGUCAUGCACAUUCUUUGUGGCAUUUGCUUUGUAUUCUAGCACUUUGUUUUCGAGACCACUUCUUUUUAAAGUAGUGAUUGGAUUCCUCAGGUUAUCGUUGUUAA